GUUUAUAUCAUAACUCAAAUCUUAUAUAGUUGUAGUUACUUAGUUACUACCAAUGCCAUGUCCCAUUAAACCUCCUCGAGACAUGAAAACCUCAACCUCCCUUCUCCCAAGUGCUCUCCUCCUCAUCUCUAUCUUCACCCUCCUCUUCCAACCUUCCCAUCAACAAACUCCGUCGCCACCUCCGCCAUUUCUCCCGAACCCCAGACUUCUUAAGGCCUACACCGCUCUCCAAGCUUGGAAACAUGCCAUCACUGAAGACCCAUCUAACUUCACUGCCAAUUGGUAUGGCCCCGACGUCUGCAACUACUCCGGCGUUUUCUGCGCCCCCGCCCUCGACGACCCCGACAUCCGCACUGUCGCUGGGAUCGACCUCAACCAUGGCAACAUCUCGGGCACCCUGCCUGACGACCUCGGCCUCCUGACCGACCUUGCUCUGUUCCAUAUCAACUCCAAUCGCUUCUGCGGCACCAUCCCCAAUUCCUUCCGCUGCCUCACUCUACUCUUCGAACUCGAUAUCAGCAACAAUGACUUCUCCGGCGAAUUUCCCUCUGUAAUUCUCUCUCUCCCAGCUCUCAAGUUCCUCGACAUUCGAUUCAAUAAAUUCAGCGGCGAUGUCCCUUCUUCCCUAUUUGAAUUGAAACUCGAUGCUCUGUUCAUCAACAACAACGAUUUCAAUUUUUCCUUACCGGAAAACAUCGGCAACUCCCCUGUUUCUGUUCUGGUUUUUGCUAAUAACAAUAUCAAUGGCUGCCUCCCCUCUAGUAUAUCAAAUAUGAACACCACACUCAAUGAAAUUAUAAUCACGGGCAGUGGGUUGAUUGGGUGUUUGCCGUCGGAAAUAGGGUCGUUGAGCAAUCUCACUGUCUUCGACGUCAGCGAUAAUAAUCUCGUCGGACCGUUACCGGAGACAAUGGCUGGAAUGAAGAAAUUGGAGCAGCUUAAUGUGGCACAUAACCAAUUAUCCGGCGAAAUUCCGGCGAGUAUUUGCUCGCUGCCGAAAUUGCAAAACUUCACAUUCUCGUAUAAUUUCUUCUGCAGUGAGCCGCCGGUUUGCUUGAAACUUCAGGCCAGUGAUGACCAGAAAAAUUGUUUGCCGGAUAGGCCAUUCCAACGUUCGCCGGAAGAAUGCAAAGCUUUCUACUCUAACCCUGUUGAUUGCAGCGUCUUUGGAUGUACCCUUCGGCCACCACCACCGCCGCCGCCACCUUAUUAGUGAUUGUUUGAGAUUUCUUUCGUGAAAGGGUUUAUAGAAUUGCAAGUUAUUUUCAUGGUAUUACUAAUUUUCUUAAUCUUAAAUCUUAAUUAGUGAUUAGCGAUGUGAUGUGUGUGUUGAUAGCUACUAUAUAUUGGCUAAUUUG